GCGCUAGCGGCCUUUCAUGAUCAGACUUCUACCGAAGCUAACCCCACUGCGCGCAUACUCUCUGACUCAGAGGAUUCCCAUACUUCGGAUAAGGAGGAAGUCACGCGCAAGCGCUAUUGGAAAGGGGAUAGUGCAUCCACAGGCAAGGGCAACGCUCCUGCCAAGUCCCUUAAGUUGUCAUUAACUCUUCCACUCCACAAUACUUUAGACCCUCUAGAGGGCUCUACAACCAAUGCGGGUAAUGUGAUGGAUGAUUAUUAUCUCAACUGUUCCGACGUGGAUCUCCUGGCAAAUGCGCUACGAGACUCCUCAUCAGAAUUUGUUAAAGAGACCUUUAUUAACAUGAGACCUGUUACAGACCUGGAUUCUG